UCUUGUUUAUUCCGUACAUCCAAACGGGAGUGGCGUCUUAAUUCUCCUUGGCAACCAGCCGUUGCUUAGAUCGCGACUAACACAAUCAAAACAUCGAGCAUACUACACUCCAGCAUAAAUUGAUCCAAUUUCGCUGAAUUGAGCAUACGAAGUUUGCCGGGUGCUUGAAACAGUUCACUAGCAGUGAAAGUAUUCUUAGGAAGUUCAUAUUAGUUAGUUAGUUUCAGAUCGAACACUAGUUUGCAAUGUCACUAUUUGGGCAGCAAAUUCGCGAAUUCAUUUUAUCGAGAGGGAAAAUUUACACCCCAGCUACGUAUCGCUGUAUUCAACUCUCUACAAACACCGCAGCGAACGAAAACUUCCGAAAGAUCGUCCAAAACCAGUUGGACGAUAUUCAGAAAGCUGGCACUUACAAGAAGGAACGCAUAAUCGUAUCCCCCCAAGCAACAACUAUAUCCGUCGAAGGUUCCAACGCAAAAAUCCUGAAUUUCUGUGCGAACAAUUAUCUCGGUUUAGCUUCCAACGCCGAAGUGGUCGGGUUUGCCAAGAAGGCAUUGGACGAAUACGGUGCCGGGCUGAGCUCGGUGCGAUUUAUCUGCGGAACGCAGAACAUCCACAAAGAGUUGGAAAGGAAGCUGUCCGAAUUUCACCAGCGCGAGGAUACCAUUCUGUACGCAUCCUGCUUCGAUGCCAACGCGGGCAUCUUCGAGGCGGUGCUAAGCCCGGAAGAUGCAAUCUUUUCCGACGAAUUGAAUCACGCCUCGAUCAUUGACGGUAUCCGGCUAUGUAGAGCGCAGAAGGCGCGUUACGCGCACAGGGAUAUGAGAGAUUUGGAGGAAAAGUUAAGAUCCAGUGACGCGCGAAUCAAGAUGAUCGUAACCGAUGGUGUCUUCUCGAUGGAUGGUAACGUGGCUCCACUGCCGGAAAUAUUCGACCUGGCGGAAAAAUAUAACGCACUGACAUUCGUGGACGAUUGCCAUGCAACGGGAUUUUUCGGGCCGACCGGCAGAGGAACUGAAGAAUUCUAUGGCAUGAUGGGCCGCUGUGAUAUCAUCAACUCUACGCUGGGGAAGGCCCUCGGCGGGGCGGCAGGUGGCUACACAACCGGACCGCGGGAACUGGUUGAUUUGUUGCGACAGAAAUCACGUCCGUAUUUGUUCUCCAACUCUCUGCCACCACCGGUGGUGGCCAGUGCCGCGAAAGUCAUUGAUAUGCUGAUGGGCUCUAACACGUUGACCGCCCGCGUUCAGAGCAAUACAAAACGGUUCCGGGAUGCCAUGACAAAGGCAGGCUUUACCAUUUCUGGGAUGGACCAUCCAAUCAGUCCGGUUAUGUUGGGAGAUGCUCGACUUGCUUCGGUAUUCGCUGAUGAGAUGUUAAAGAGAGGUAUCUACGUGAUCGGAUUCAGUUACCCAGUGGUACCCAAGGGUAAGGCACGGAUUCGUGUGCAACUAUCAGCUGCCCACACAGAGGAUGAAAUUGAUCAAGCUGUUGCGGCUUUUAUUGAGGUAGGGAAACAGUUGAAAGUAAUCUCCUGAAUAAAUGACA